AUGAUGUCUCAACAAGCAUCCGUCGACAGGCUCCCAGCCGAUGUUAUCUCGAUUACUUUUGCGAUGGUCGCUGAAGUCGACAUUCCUCGUCCGGCUGACAACACUCGUCAACCUCCAGAAGAAAGAGGCGGCGAUAUUGGAUGGAUGCGUCUCGGACAGGUCAACCGCAGGUGGCGCGGAAUCUAUCUGAGCUCUGCGACGCUCUGGGGCGGCAUUAUCACCGUAUUUCCAACGCCAACGAUUAUGGAGGAGAUCAUGAGGCGGAGUAAGAGGGCCCCUGUUGUUCUCGACCUGCGGACGAUUCGCGACCCUCAAGUCCGUCUUUCCCUCGUUCAGAAAUGCCUCGACCGCGCUCGCGUGCUGCGGGAGGAAUACGGUGUGGGUUCGCCCAUGGAAGACAUCUGGGCACGACAGACGCUUGCCGGUCAGCGUCUUGAUGUGCUGGAGGACUUGAACUUGGAGUACGCUUUCCCCAUGGAGCGCGAGCCAGAAGAGCCUCCUUACGUGCAGCUCUCUUCCAUGGCGCCUCUGGACGCUCCGUUCUUGACGCGCGCGGUCUUGACGACGUUCAUCCCACUCAUGGCACGCCGCCUUCGCACCUUGACUGCUCACAACGUGUGGAAGGCUACGGUCUCGGAGAUGGUCGGCUACCUGGGCGCCUUCCCAGCACUCGAAGAGCUAAGGCUCAAGCUGAAGAUCGUGGAUAUACCUAUGCAUUUCGCCGCCCCGGUUCCCGAAGUACAGCUUCAACAGCUUCGCAUCUUUACGAAUGAAUGCGACGACUUCAGCAUCGUACACCUUGUACAACGCAUGACGAUCCCUGCCACGACCAAACUUGAGUUCUACCUGGGCCAGAAGGACGUCAAGGACGCACAGGACGCACACGACCUGCGAACGCUAUGCCAAACUAUCUCGACACAGCUCCGCUUGCCCUCGCAUAAUGAGCUGAUCGUGGACUACGAUAGCGCAACGCAUCUUUGUGUUGUACCUCAAGGCAUUGUUCUGGAGGAAUACGAAACGAUCCCCGUCGAAAAAGGCGUAAUCAUCGGUGGUGGUUAUGAGCUGAGCCACGCAACUGCGCUUGCAUGCGUGAUGACCGAGGUCGCCCAAACCGUUUCCAGCCUCGUCGUCCGCAAUUGCAGGCCCGACGACUUGCCAGUGCCCGUCGCCAUCGCCGAUCUGCACCCCUUCUUCCUCAGCCUGGUCGCCGUCGAAGAGCUACACGUUCAUCACUGCUCACAGCGCGUCUACGGCGCGUUCCUUGAAAGUCCCUUGUUCCCAAGGCUCAAGAAGGUCAUUCUCGACUUCAACACUUCGCCAUGGGCAGGCAAUGACACCCACGAUGUUCGCUGGUUCCAGUACCUGUGCGAGAUGCUCAGCACACGGCAGGACGCCGGAUAUCCCGUAGUUGAGGAGAUCAUUCUCACAGGAUCGCAUAGUAGAAGCAAGUGCAAGGAGGCAAGCGAGUGCUUCGAUCUGGACCAUGACGACGUUAUGUCUCUGUGCACUUACGCUACCAAAGUGACCGACGAGCGGCCCGCGCGCAGGCCGGACUUGAUGGAUGAUGAGUAUGUGGGCUUCAGCAGGGCGGUGCACGAAGUGCUUGUAGCACACCGAGGACUCUGA